AUGUUGGCCAACGUCACAGUCCUUGCGAUCGUCGCAUUUGGGUUUGCCCUGGUAUGGCUGGCAAGCAAAUUAGCAAACCGUAAGAAACUCGGGCUUCCUCCUGGACCACCACGUUUGCCUAUUAUUGGAAAUCUCCAUCAAGCACCACUGGAAUAUCCCUGGCGCACCUACCAAGAAUUGGGGAGGCAGUACGGCCCAAUCUUCAGCCUGCAAUACGGUUUGAGCACCAUCAUCAUGUUGAGUAACCAUGAAACGGCUCAUGAUCUCCUCGACAAACGGAGCAACAUCUACAGCUCCCGGCCUCAUAGUGUGAUGGGCGGCGACUGCGUCAGCAAAGGCCUCCGAACACUUCUCAUGCCGUACGGUCAACGCUGGCGAAACCACCAGCGCCUACAGGCCUCGUUCCUGAACAUCCGAGUUUCCCAGAGCUAUCGCGUCCUUCAAGACCUUGAAAGCAAGCAACUCAUGUUUGAACUCCUCGAUCCCGACGCAGACUUCUCGGACCGCUUUCACCGGUACUCGUCGAGUCUGAUUUUCGCGUUGGCGUAUGGCCGACGACUGACGCGAGGCAAUGAGCCCGAAAUCAAAGCCAUCGACCUGGUCAUGGAGAACUUCCUGUAUGCCGCACGAGUAGGGACUUGGAUCGUCGAUUCGCUCCCGGUUCUCAAUUACCUGCCCAAAUUCCUCGCCCCCUGGAAGAAACUGGGCGAUCAGCUACACGAAUUCGAGGCGAAGUUAUACGUAGACAACUUGAAGCAAGGCCAGCAAGCUAGGUCCUGGAAUUGGUCGAAACUUGUUUUGGGCAUGAAAGAAGGACAAGCCAUGUCGCCAAAAGAACUCGCGUAUGAUGUCGGGAUCAUAUACGAAGCGGGCAGCGACACGACCACCAUGGCCCUGGAAGUCUUCACGCUUGCUAUGCUGCUGUGCCCCGAGGCAAUGAGGAAAGGACAAGCCGAGGUCGACGCACUCUGUGGCGAUGAUCGCAUGCCCUGUUUCGAGGACAAGGACCAACUACCGUACAUCGGCGCCAUCCUGAAGGAGACACUGCGCUGGCGGCCUGUGUCUGCCGGGGGUAUUCCACAUGCCGUCACUCAGGAUGACGAAUACAUGGGCUACCGCAUCCCCGCUGGUGCUACGGUGAUUGGAAAUCAUUGGGCCAUCCACCUCGACGAGAACGUAUACGAGGAACCCCUCGAGUUCAAGCCGGAUCGAUGGAUCGAGAAUUCCGAUCUGCCUCUGGCGCCAUUCGGGUUCGGAAGGAGGAUCUGCACGGGACAGCAUAUUGCGAAGAACAGUCUCUUCAUCAACAUUGCAAGGAUCUUAUGGACGUUUGAUAUCGCGUAUAGGUACAGGGAGGUCAAUGGAAAGAAGGAGAGGAUCGAAGUCGAUCCGUACGCGUUUACUCAGGGCUUCAAUUCGAGACCCCAAAAGUUCGAGGCGAGCUUUCAGGUGAGGAAAUCAAGAAGGGCAGACCUGGUGAAGCAGGCUUGGCUGGAGACAGAAAAAGACACGGAUACGAUCAUGGAGCAGAUCCAAUCGGGAUACUUGAAAAAGAAGUCGUAG